CUUUGACAAGACAGUUACCUGAAGUAAAACAAGAAACACACGAAGGUAUAAAAGGCAAAAGUCGAGAGCUCUGUCCACAUACUGAAGCUUCCUUCAAGCCAGCAGAUUCACCUGAUCGUCACAGCAAAGAUGAACGGUCUUUCUCUCGUCGCCAUCCUCUGUUUGAGUGGCGGACUAUGGAUCGGAGCAAAUGCUCAGUGUUGCCAAGAAGACAAACUAGAGGAAUGCUGCAAGUUCUGUCCUGAUGGCUGGACCCGGUACAAAGGGCGCUGCUUCUAUUACGUUGCCAAACCUGAAGACUUUGGAACUGCUGAGUACAACUGUGUCGGUCUCGGUGGAAAUCUGGUCUCCAUCCACAGCAAACCUGAGCUGACCUUCAUCGAGGGCGUGAUCAGAAGAGUGACCGGAGUUAACAAGCGAAUUUGGGCGGGAGGAUUUGACUCUGCAAAGGAGGGAUCCUGGAUGUGGACCGAUGGUUCCAAAUUCAAUUUCCGUUUUUGGGGACGUCGUCAGCCCGACAAUGGUGCCAGAACUGAACAUUGCAUGGAGUUGAACUGGAGGGGAAUGCCCAACGACCACCAGUGCUACCACAAGAAGCCAUACAUGUGUGCCAAGGAUCUGUGAGCCGCCACCUCCUUCUGCCAUGAGAGGGCCCCGCCACCUCUCGCGACGCAACAAUCACUAGUG